AAAAAACAGAAGCGUAGCUGUUUUUCAGGCUCUGAGGAUCAUCGUGAUCUGGACAACUGAGACUCUACAGCAUGGUUCAAAGUCAGUUGGGGGACGUGUCCACGUGUUACCAUGGAGAGAACCUGCAGGUGUUGUCCUUACAUGUUACUGCCCCCUCCUCCACCACCUCCUCCGCCUCCUCCGCCCAGAAAGCUGACUUUCCCAGUGCGGCCCUCGACUACUCCAGAUGUGAGCUCUGAACUGUCCUUGGUCCUGAUCAUCAUCAUCUGUGCAUCACCGAGCGUCUUAUUGAUCCUCUUCUCUGUCUGUUAUAAGGUUCUGAGGUGCAGGAAACAUUUAAAUCAACAACAGAAUUGGAUGAACCCUGAAGGAAACAACAACACUGGACAACAACAACUUCCAGAAGAGAUGGUGAGCAGCGAAGGAUGAGUUUAUCUUUCUGAACACCUGGGAAAAGCCACGAUUGGUCAGAUUUUGAGACUAAAUAAGUGUUGGUGUCAGAUAAUCCUGCAGUAUUUCUAUACAUCCUAUGACUGAUUGCUGUGAUGCUGCAGGUCUGACCUACGAAGCAGGUUCAACACGUUCAGGUUUUAUGUUUUAACAAACCCCAACAAAGCAAAGUCAGGAAGGA